AUGUAUUAUUUGACAAAUUUUCAUCACGAUUAUCCAGAUGCACGUGUAAUAAAUGCUAAUUGUGGUGAUACAAUAUCACUUUCAUGUCCUACUGAAUCAAAUACUAAUAAUGUUCAAUCAUCAUCUUCAAUACCAGCUAUGUGGUUUCGUUUAUAUGAAAAUGCAUAUCCACAAGCAUUAAUACUUGGUGAUCGUCAAUUAAUCGAUGAUCAACGUUUUAUGUUACGUACACUAAAUAAUGAUCGUCAUCUUGAAAUAAUCGGUGCAAGAAAAGAUGAUCAAGGUUAUUAUAUAUGUAAAAGAGGAAAUACAAUUCGAUCAAGUUAUAAUUUAACAAUUACAACUAACUCAUGUAUUAAUAUAAUACCAAAUAAUUUACAUGUAAAUAUAAAUGAAGUUAUUCGUCUUGUUUGUCGUAUACGUUCACCGGAUGCAUUUAAUGAACAAAAUUUACGUGUACAAUGGACACGUAAUGAAUAUCCAAUAAUAAAUAUAGCUGAAUGUCUUUCGAAUUACUCAUCUAUUGAUGAUAUUCUUUAUGAAAUAUUAAUUAUAGGAAAAGCACGACGUACUGAUACUGGGAUAUAUACAUGUCGAUAUGGUCAACUUUUAACUGCAACUGCUCAUGUUAUUGUUAAUCAAUAUCCUGGUGGUAGUAAAUCACGUCGUUUAAUAUCACAAAUAAGUGGUAACAGUUCAUCAUUGAAACCAUCUUUGCGAACAGUAAGAUGCAUAACUUUAUUAAGUUAA